AUGACUCCACUAUCCCCUUCACCUGUACCGUCCGCUGUCUCCUCCGCAACCACAUCUCAGAUAUUCCCCGACCAUCGAGAUGGAGACUGUGAGGUAACACGUGCUGUUGCGGGCAUGAACCUGUCCGCUGCCAACGGGGAGGCCGUCCCCGUGCCUCCUCCGUCGACCAAGCCACCCACCCGGCCAACCAUGGUGAAUCGCAUCUCGCGUAUGUUCAGCAGCACCGGGAAGACCACUCCCAGGGAGUUGGAAACACCGAGAGAACUCUCCGACAGCAGCACCGACAGUGUCAAGCUGCCCACCAAUGGCAGUACCACGAAACAGUCCAAACCGACCUCUCGCCCGUCAUCCAAACCGUCAUCUAAGCCGCCGUCCCGGGCUCCGUCCCGUCAAGCCUCUCUGAAAGAGGAAAAUGAGAAGAGGCCCAAGCCCGCCAGCAACAAGGAGCAAAAGGAGGGCGUGCCGCUAAGCAAGCGAUUCGAGGUGCUGUCCGAAAGCCACUCGCACUGUCAUCACCUGAGGAGUGCCCGCCGCCAAGAGAAGCUGACCGACCUGCUUCGAGACAUGCUCGGUGGCGGGAGGAAGAAGGAUGACCACGUGGAGGAUCAGCAACUGUCACUCAUGUCCACCUGGAUCGACCAGUUCAAGACGGAACGCGACAAACUCGCCGCCGAUAAGAAGGGCGGACCGAACGCCACGGCGUCCCUGGUCGACAAGUAUGGAAAAUGCCAGGAAAUCGUGGGGCGGGGUGCCUUCGGUAUUGUCCGGAUAUCCCACAAAGUCGACCCCAAGGACUCCAAGGCGGAACAGCUGUACGCCGUCAAGGAGUUCCGCCGUCGCCCACAGGAAACCUCCAAAAAGUACCAGAAGCGGUUAACGUCCGAAUUCUGUAUUUCGUCAUCCCUUCGCCAUCCCAACGUCAUCCACACGCUAGACCUUCUGCAGGACGCCAAGGGCGACUACUGCGAGGUCAUGGAGUACUGUGCAGGCGGUGACCUCUACACCCUUGUGCUGGCCGCAGGAAAACUCGAGGUUGCCGAGGCAGAUUGCUUUUUCAAACAGCUGAUGCGUGGCGUGGAGUACAUGCACGAGAUGGGUGUUGCCCACCGGGAUCUCAAACCGGAGAACCUCCUACUGACCACGCAUGGUGCCCUGAAGAUCACCGAUUUCGGGAACGGCGAGUGUUUCCGGAUGGCCUGGGAGAAGGAGGCACACAUGACUGCUGGCCUCUGUGGCUCCGCCCCCUAUAUUUCCCCCGAAGAAUACGUGGAGAAGGAAUUCGAUCCGCGGGCGGUCGAUCUGUGGGCGACCGGCGUUAUCUACAUGGCCAUGCGGACCGGACGCCACCUCUGGCGCGUCGCUCGCAAGAACGAGGACGAGUUCUACCAGAAGUACCUCGAGGGACGCAAGCAUGAGGAUGGAUAUGCUCCGAUUGAGACCUUGCAUCGGGCCCGUUGCCGCAACGUGAUCUACUCCAUCCUUGAUCCUAAUCCUACCCGUCGUAUCAACGCCUCGCAGGUUCUCAAAUCCGAAUGGCUUCGCGAGAUCAAGCUGUGCAAGGCGGGCGAGGAAGGGUUUUAA